CAAGUUGGUCUUGGUACUGCAAGGAAUUUCUCGACGGCACGACCAAUAUUUCAGCAGCUGACGCAGAACGUGCCUGUUGCCGGACGGGCGAUAUACGAAGCAGACUGGGACUUGGAGAAGAGGAAGAUGAAGGGUAAAAUGAGGAGGGACUUGAAGCCAAGCAACGAGAAGGAAAAUGUCCAUUCGACGCUUCGCGCGAAGCCCAUUGAAAAGACGAGGAAGGUCGUCGAACUUGAGCGUUAUUUCCCUGAACCAGCUCCGGCUGCAAGCGACAUGACGACUGUCUUGCUUGUACCUCUUGCACCGACCCCAACGAGCCGUCUUCCAUUGACGGAAACACAAGCGACGGAGCCGAAUCUCCUCGUGGUUUCUGACUUGCAAGAAGUCCUAUCCACACAUCGAAUACAUUCGCUCCGCGUGUCAUCUUUGUUUGCGAGACUCGAUGCA